UUGUUCGGAAAUUACACUUCUAGAUAUCAUGAUUUUCAGUUUUUUCCUGAUAAGGAUUGCCUGAGAGAGCUGGAAAGCUGCGAACGUGAUGAACCGUCGGAACAGGCCAUCCUCUCUCGUUAUGUGGCAAGAAACAGGGUGCCGAUAAAAACGAGGGAUUUUGCCAGAGGAAUACGAUUCUGCGCAAAAUGUAAAUGUAUAAAGCCUGAUCGAGCUCAUCAUUGUUCCAUUUGUGGACAGUGUGUAUUAAAGUUCGAUCAUCAUUGCCCUUGGGUAAACAACUGUGUCAAUUUUUAUAACUACAAGUUUUUUCUCUUAUUUCUGGGAUAUGGUUUCGUUUUCUGUAUCUUCGUCUUCUUCACUGACUUGCCGUAUUUUAUACAGUUUUGGACGCGGGACUACUUGGAACGAAAUUUGAAGGCUAGCAAAAUUCACAUCCUGUUUCUGGUUUUCGUUUCCGGAAUGUUUGCCAUAUCACUUUCGUUUCUCUUCUUUUAUCACCUCUACUUAACAGCGAAGAAUAGGACUACAGUUGAAUCUUUCCGUGCUCCGAUGCUCGAGGGUGGACCUGACAAACGCGCCUUUGAUCAUGGCAUUCGUGCCAAUUAUAGAGAAGUUUUUGGCUACGAUAGCAGGUUGUGGUUAUUACCGAUAUUCUCAAGGUUUGUUAAAAUUUUUGCUCAUUUUGAUUUAUGA